GAGAGACUGUUUCUCUGGUCUAGUUAAGGCAGUUCUUUUCUCUUCUCAAGGCUACUUGGAUAUUACUGGAUGGUACUGUGCACUGCAACGCUAGCCUAGUCUCUCAUCCUCCUCUCCUCUCGUCUUCCUCUCUGCCCUGUACGUGUGUUGGGAAGGUGCCUGUCUCAGGUGCAGACAUGGCCACCCCUGUGCUCUCCAGGAUUAUUCUAUGUCUGGCUAUAUCUCUGGGUCCGGUUUUGACAGUGACCAGCCAGGAUGUCAAGCUAGGGCACAAAGACMGCUGUGCCGAAAACGGCAAAUUCUACAGCAACAACGAGAUUUGGAACCCGGAGCCAUGUAAGAUCUGUGUGUGUGACCUGGGGACUAUUACCUGUGAGGACGUCCGAUGUGAAGACCUAGCCUGUAAGGAAACCAGCACCCCUGAGGGAGAAUGUUGCCCUGUGUGCUCUGAGGCCGCAGGUACCCAGGGCCAGCAGGCUACUACCUGGGAUAAUCUGCUACCAAAGAUCAAAACAGAGGAGAAGACGGACGAGACCUGCAGGGACAACGGGCAGGUGUACGCCCACAACGACAUGUGGACCCCAGAGCCGUGCAGGGUGUGUGUGUGURACAGUGGAACCACCAUCUGUGAGGAGGUGCAGUGUGAGAUGGUGGGGAACUGUGAGAAGGUGACCAUCCCUGAGGGAGAGUGCUGCCCUGUGUGUGACAGCUUCUCCAGCGCUAACAGGAGGAUAGAAAUGAUGGCGUUCAAGGGUCAGAAAGGCGAACCUGGUGAUAUCCCUUACGUCGUGGGGCCAGUAGGUCAACCCGGACCAAUGGGUCCUCCCGGAGCUCAGGGGAACAGAGGAUUACACUUGGUUUCCAAGGGCAGAAAAGGUUUACAGGGCCCAGCUGGCAUCGACGGGGAACCAGGAGUCCCAGGGAACCCUGGUGAGCCAGGAUCCCCCGGCCAGCCCUCACACCCUGGGGGUCAGCUGGUCUCUCAAAUGGCAGCAGGCUUCGGAGAGAAAUCAGCUGGGAUGAUGGGGAUGAUAUCUGGCAACAGGGGUGAAGCAGGACCAAGAGGGCCUCCUGGACCGUCCGGUCAACCAGGACCUACAGGGGGGCAGGGGGCCCCAGGAGACGUUGGAGACCCAGGAUCCAUGGGUGGCUUUGGUUACAGAGACCUGAGGGCCCACCAGGAAAACCAGGACAAGAUGGAGAAUCUGGCCCAACCGGAAUAGAUGGAGAUACAGGAGCCGCUGGAUCUGCCGGUGCCAGAGGUUUCCCAGGACUGCCAGGUCUCCCUGGACUGAAAGGCCUUAAGGGUCAUGCAGGUCUUCUAGGAGCGAGAGGUCAAUCUGGUGCUGCUGGGUCAAAGGUAA